AUGUUAAUUCCAAAGAGUGAGAGAACCAAGAUCUACCAGUACCUUUUCCAAGAGGGUGUUUUGGUCGCAAAGAAGGACUUUGAGGUUGAACAUGAGGACAUAGGAACCAGAAACUUGUACGUCAUCAAGUCAAUGCAAUCAUUGACCUCAAGAGGUUACGUCAAGACUCAGUUCUCGUGGCAAUACUACUACUACACUUUGACCGAUGAGGGUUUGGAGUACUUGAGAGAGUGGUUGAAUGUUCCAGAAGAGAUUGUUCCAAAGACUUUGCUUGCUCCAGCUCAACCAGAGAGAGCUCAGGGAAGAAGAUUUGGACAGAGAAGAGGUAACGGAGAAGGAUACAGAAGAAGAGAGAGAGAUUAG